AUGGGCUCAAUAACAGAAUUCCCCCGCAUCAAGGCAGUCCGCACCUUCAUCAUUGACGGUGUUGGCUCCGGCGGCGACUACCACAAUGUUAAAGGAGGCCACUGGUUGAUCGAUAGCAACAUUUCCACCCCUAUGACCAAGUGGGCACAAUUCCGUGGCUCGCGAACAUCAUGGGGCAUCAAUGUUUUAGGAUCAUUUUGUGUGGAGAUUGAGGCUACUGAUGGCACCAAGGGCUUUGCAACUGGUUUUGGAGGUCCCCCAGCAUGCUGGCUGACCGAGCAACAUUUCAACCGCUUCCUGAUUGGCGCUGACCCCCGCGACACCAACGACCUUUUUGAGAAGAUGUACCGCGCCUCAAUGUUCUACGGCCGCAAGGGUUUGCCAGUCGCCGUGAUCUCAGUUAUUGAUCUGGCUCUGUGGGAUCUGCAGGGCAAGAUCCGCAACGAGCCCGUAUACAAGAUGAUUGGAGGUGCGACUCGGACCAGGUUGAACUUCUACUGUACCGGCCCCGAGCCUGGCUCCGCAAAGGCCGCCGGCUUUAUCGGUGCCAAGGUGGCCUUGCCUCAUGGUCCUGAUGAGGGUACCGAGGGCCUUCUGAAGAACGUUGAAUACCUGCGCCAACAGCGCGAGAAGGUCGGCGCUAACUUCCCACUACGCGUGGACUGCUACAUGUCCUUGACUGUCAACUACACAAUCCAGCUAGUCAAGCGCUGCGAGGCUGCUGGGCUCGACAUUGACUGGUGGGAGGAGUGCCUCUCGCCCGAUGACUUUGAUGGCCAAGCGCUCCUCAAGCGUGCCCACCCCACCGUCACUUUCACCACCGGCGAGCACGAGUACUCCCGCUACGGCUUCCGAAAGCUUAUCGAGGGCCGCAAUGUCGAUAUUCUCCAGCCUGAUGUGAUGUGGGUUGGUGGAAUGACCGAGCUGCUCAAGGUCUCUGCCAUGGCUGCUGCUUAUGAUCUUCCCGUUGUACCCCACGCCUCCGGUCCCUACUCAUACCACUUUGUCGUCUCCCAAUCCAACAGCCCCUUCCAGGAGUACCUUGCCAACUCUGCCGAUGGCCACACCGUCCAGCCCGUGUUUGGUAACCUUUUCUUGAACGAGCCUAUUCCUACCAACGGCUACCUUGAUGUCUCUAUCUUGGACAAGCCCGGGUUCGGUCUGGAACUCAACCCCGCUGCUCCCUUGAUCCCUGCUUCUGCUCUCCUUACUCCCGCACCCCAGAAGUCCCUACGGGCACCAGAUAACGAGGAGACGGCCAAUGGCUCUGCUUAA